AUGCAUAUAAUAAAGCCUGUGUGGCUAACACACGGAGGUGAACGGAAAGAUUUCGAGGUCUACAGUUGCGACGUUUCGCCGGAUGGAAAGCGCUUGGUGACGGCGGCAGGAGACGGUUACGUCCGAAUAUGGUCUACAGAAGCCAUCUAUAACGCGGCGGAUCCUGCCUAUGCCGACAAACCCAAGCAACUUGCUUCUAUGAGCAACCACUCCGGAACGAUACAUACUGUCCGAUUCUCUCCUAAUGGUAAAUACCUCGCGUCUGGGGCGGAUGACAAGAUAGUCUGCGUUUAUUCGCUAGACGCAAACCCGCCCUCUCACGCCUCUACAUUUGGCUCGGAUGAAGCGCCACCAGUUGAGAACUGGCGAACAAUUCGCAGGCUAAUCGGGCAUGAUAAUGAUGUGCAGGACCUAGGCUGGUCAUACGACUCCUCUAUCCUGGUCUCUGUCGGUUUGGAUUCUAAAGUCGUGGUCUGGUCGGGUUAUACAUUCGAGAAAUUAAAAACACUUUCCGUUCACCAAAGUCACGUCAAGGGCAUUACAUUCGACCCGGCGAAUAAAUACUUUGCUACAGCAAGUGACGACCGGACUGUGAAAAUCUUCCGUUUUACCUCACCAGCAGCAAAUUCCACGGCUCACGAUCAACUCAAUAACUUCGUUUUGGAAACCAACAUCGUCGCCCCAUUUCAGAGCUCUCCGCUGACUGCAUACUUUCGACGCUGCUCAUGGUCCCCUGAUGGCUUGCACAUUGCCGCUGCGAAUGCAGUGAAUGGACCCGUGAGUUCAGUAGCGAUAAUAAACCGUGGAUCGUGGGAUGGUGAUAUCAACCUCAUCGGGCACGAAGCCCCUGUAGAAGUUUGCUCGUUUUCGCCAAGAUUGUAUUCCUCACAACCCAUCAAAUCAGGUAGCGAACACCACAGCCUGGUGACCGUUAUUGCAUGUGCUGGUGGUGAUAAAUCGCUCAGCGUCUGGAUUACAAGCAAUCCGCGGCCAAUUGUCGUCGCCCAAGACAUUUCGGCUAAAUCCUUGUCUGACCUGGCGUGGAGUCCGGACGGGAAGUGUUUGUUUGCGACAGCCUUGGAUGGGACUAUUCUCGCCAUUCGAUUCGAACAAGCAGAACUCGGAUAUCCCAUGUCUCUAGAGGAGAAUGAGAGAUCCUUGACGAAAUUUGGCACAAACCGAAGAGGUGCCGGUAUUGCAGAAACCACAGAUGGCCUACUACUAGAAGAAAAGAGCAAGGCAGGAGAAAUCAAAGGCGUUGAGGGUAGAAUGGGGGCUUUGAUGGGUGAUGGGCACGCUUCAACAGAGACUACAGUAAAUGGCACAACGACGACGACCACUUCAAGCACAACAGUACUUCCAAACGGUACAUCCACAUCAGUAUCCGAGAAACAGAAAACCCAACCAAAUGGAACAACACAAACAACAACAUCAACAGAAGUCGAAAAGGAGCAGGAUAAGGACAAAGAAAAGCCUGAUCCGUAUAAAGCAAAACUAGAAAGACUAAAACAGCGACCGACAUAUACCAAAGAAGGCAAGAAGCGAAUCGCCCCUUUGCUAGUGUCUGGUGCUGGUGCGUCUGAAUCGUCGUUACCGCAGUCUCGACUCGUGGCAUCUUCUACCAUCAAUCAGGUUGGAGCUGAUGCACCCCAGUCAGUCCUUGACCUCUCAAAACCAUUUGAUGGGUUGCCUAAAGGAGGACUGCCGGCAUUGCUCUUUGGAAACAAGCGCAAACUAGCGCAGAUCGAAGGCGACGAGGAUAAUCAGGUGGAAAAACGCGUGGCAUCUAUUAGUCAGAACGGGGCAACGCCGAUAAUGUCAAAUACAACCGAUGGGCUCACGCCCGCGUCCGGCCAAGCACCAGUUACGGGACAGCAAACUACACCAGACUUUAUUCGACCAGCUGUUACCAAUCCAUGCAUGGCUAUCAGUCAGUUACGGUUAGCAGUACCAAAAAUUCGCUCACAAAUACUGCAAGCCCUAGACAAGAAUGGAAAUCCCACAGAACCAACGGGAGAUUCAAAACAAUCGCGGAUAGACAUUGUAUUUGAGGCUCGCAAUCCAUCUGGGGGCACUUUAACUGGCCGUUCGGCGGACCGAGAACCUGUGCGGAUUAGCCUCAGUCAUGGUGACCAACCAUUAUGGCAAGACUUUCUUCCUAGAUCCGCGCUGUUGGCGACGGGAAACACUAGCUUCUGGUCAGUAGCCUGUGAAGAUGGAUCUGUCUAUAUUUGGACACCUGCUGGGCGUCGACUUGUAAGUGCCCUCGUUUUGGAAGCCCAACCUGUCAUUCUCGAAAGUUGGGGGUCGUGGCUCUUAUGUAUCACCGCAGUUGGGAUGUGUUAUGUCUGGAAUGUCAAGACUGUUUCAUCACCUCAUCCGCCUGUGUCCCUCCAACCAGUCUUGGACGCUGCCACUCAUGCUCAAACAGCUCAGCCUAUUCUUGCACCUGCUGUCACAAGUGCUCGGAUAAACUCCGAGGGCCGUAUUGUAGUUGCACUCUCUAAUGGCGAAGGGUUCAUUUACUCGUCAGCCAUGUAUACAUGGCAACGAGUUUCGGAGCCUUGGUGGGCUGUUGGCAGUCAAUACUGGAACACAACAGAUGCCUCUGUGACUAAUUUACAGGCAAUGGGCAGUCAAAAUGGCGAGCAAAAUAAAAAGAAGAAAAUUUCUGCUGGCAUUCUUCCAUUCCUUGAACGAAAUACGACUAGCGAGACUCUGUUACGUGGCCGUGCCUAUUUCUUGCAGCGUCUAAUCAAGGUCUUGCUGUCUCGUGAGGGAUAUGAGAGUUUCGAGUCUAGUGUUUCAAUUGCUCAUCUGGAAAAUCGCAUGGCAGCAGCUCUGUCUUUGGGGGCUAAAGAGGAGUUUCGCCUCUAUUUGUCUAUGUAUGCCAAACGAAUUGGAGCGGAAGGCUUACGCGGCAAAGUGGAGGAGCUCUUGAAAGGUCUCGUUGGUGGCAUUUUCGAAUAUGACAAUGAAGAUUCCCCUGAAGUGGCAGGACGUCCUCUUUCAGACAAUGAGAAGGAGGGACGGAAUUGGUCAGAGAGCUCCGAGACCCUUUGUGGCUGGCCACGGGAUAUACUGCUCAAGGAGGUCAUUAUUGCUCUUGGCAAACACCGAGAUCUGCAGCGUGUAACUGUACCCUACGCCAAAUUACUGGGCGUUGUGGAUGGGAGCGAAGCCGAAGCCGAAGCUGAAGCCAUGGAAACAAGUUAA